AUGCAUAGAUACUUGCGUAGUGAUGCACCGUUAAUUAGUAGAAAUAUUGCUAAGGCUGAUUUGAUUAAGAUGCAUAUGUUGGAGAAACAAAAGGUUAAGUCUUUGUUAAAUAUUUGUCCUAAGAGGAUUAGUUUGACAUAUGAUUUUUGGACUUCUUUGACAACCGAUGGGUAUAUUUGCCUCACUGCACAUUUUAUUGACAAAAACUGGGUAUUAUCUAAAAGAUUAUUAAGCUUUUCAUUCAUGCCUCCAUCACAUAAUGGUGCAUCUUUGGUUGAAAAGAUAUAUAGUUUGCUAGAAAAGUGGGAGAUUGAUAAAAAGGUUUUCUUUAUAACAUUAGAUAAUGCUUCUGUGAAUGAUUUGUGUGUUGUGAAUCUCAAACCAAAAUUAAACUUGAAGAAAGACCUUCAUUGUGAAGGUGAGUUGUCUCAUAUGCGUUGUUGUGCCCAUAUUCUUAAUUUGAUAGUGCAAGAUGGAUUGAAAGAGAUCAUUUAUGCUAUUCAAAAGAUUCGAGAGAGUGUUAAGUAUUUUAGAAGAUCACAAAUGAGAAAACAAAGUUUUCUUCAGGCUGUCAAUCAAAUGUCAUUGGACAGUAAAAAGGGGUUAAGACAAGAUGUGCCAACGAAAUGUCCCACAGCCACUCUAUACUUUCCCGUAGUUGCAUUGAUUUAUGUGAGCUUGAAGCAAGAACUUAUGAGCAAAGAUGGGUAUAGGAGAUUAAUGGCAAGUCAAAUGAUCUCUAAAUUUGAGAACUAUUGGUCAGAAUUCAGUUUAGUAUUGGCCAUUGUAGUUGUCUUAGAUGCUCGUUACAAGCUACGCCUUGUAAAGUACUACUAUACGAAGAUUUAUGGAGCUGAAUCUCAAGAGUAUGAGAAUGUGACGAAAACGUUAACCAAACUUUUUAUGGAGUAUAGUGCUCCUACGAGUUCAAGCUCCACAGUUGUUCAGCCCCAAGAAGAUUCAGAUUGGGAAAAGGAUUUCUAG